GCACCAUUGUCGUUUACUUUUAUCACCUUCUCAACAGAUCCUCUCUCUAGUCUCACCCUACCCCCACAUCCCACCCCAUACCGAGUUUUCCUUUGAAUUCCAAUCACAACAAGAAUUCAAAGUAAACUCCCUCACCUAUAAAUACAUAUAUUAUAAGAAAAUGUUUUCAAAGCAUUGAACUAGAGCGUUUCUAAAUAGAAGAAUUUGUGUGUUCUGGGACUGGGAGGAGAAGAAUCGUGAAGGGGUAAUAUAACAAGAUUUUUCUUAAAUAAAACCCAUAUGGGAAUUUGUACUUCCAAACCCAAAUCCUUAAAGGAAAGUAAUUUUCACGGAUCAGGUGUUAUUCCGACCCAGAAUAAGGACAACCCUGUUCCGGCUGGGGAUAAUAAUGUCAACGGUAAUAUCGAAGAAAUUUCCAGCAAUUUUGAUGAGAAAAAAGAGGAUUUGGAGGUAGGUAAGAAAUCGCCGUUCUUUUCUUUUUACAGCCCGAGCCCAGCUUAUUUUUUCUCGAAGAAGUCUCCGUUGAGAUCCCCGGCGCCGGGGAAUGGGACACCGAGGAGAAUUUUUAAAGGAAAAUUUCCACCGCCGUCUCCGGCAAAGCACAUUCGGGCACUGCUAGCAAAGCGGCAUGGGACGGUGAAGCCGAAUGAGGCGACGAUUCCGGAGGGGAAAGAGGUGGAAGCGGGGGCAGGUUUGGAUAAGAGUUUUGGGUUUUCGAAGAAUUUCUAUAACAAGUAUGAGGUGGGAGAGGAAGUGGGUAGAGGCCAUUUUGGAUAUACUUGUAGGGCCAAGUUCAAGAAGGGGGAGCUUACAGGACAGGAGGUUGCUGUUAAGGUCAUUCCAAAAGCAAAGAUGACCACAGCUAUAGCUAUUGAAGAUGUAAGAAAGGAGGUGAAAAUAUUGCGAGCAUUGACUGGACAUGACAAUCUAAUAAAAUUUUAUGAUGCAUAUGAGGACCACGAUAAUGUCUACAUAGUGAUGGAGUUAUGUGAAGGAGGGGAGCUUUUGGAUAGAAUACUUUCAAGCAGGGGUGGGAAGUACACAGAAGAUGAUGCGAAGACCGUGAUUAUACAGAUUCUGAAUGCUGUUGCAUUCUGCCAUCUUCAGGGGGUGGUGCACCGGGAUCUUAAACCAGAGAAUUUCUUGUUUACAUCCAAGGAUGAAAACUCACAGUUGAAGGCGAUAGACUUUGGGUUAUCAGAUUUUGUGAAACCAGAUGAAAGACUUAAUGACAUUGUUGGCAGUGCAUAUUAUGUAGCACCCGAAGUGCUACACAGAGCAUACAGUACGGAGGCUGAUGUUUGGAGUAUUGGUGUUAUAGCAUAUAUAUUAUUAUGUGGAAGCCGCCCAUUUUGGGCUCGAACUGAGUCUGGGAUCUUCCGUGCCGUCGUAAAGGCAGAACCUUCUUAUGAAGAACAACCUUGGCCUACUUUGUCGCCAGAGGCAAAAGACUUUGUCAAACGCCUACUUAAUAAGGACCCCCGGAAAAGAAUGACUGCAGCUCAAGCCAUGUGUCAUCCAUGGAUAAAAAAUAGUAAUGAUUACAAAGUGCCUUUGGAUAUACUAGUAUUCAAACUUAUGAAAGCUUAUAUGCGUUCAUCUCCACUCCGGAAAGCUGCAUUAAGGGCUAUAUCCAAAACGUUGACUGUAGACGAGCUAUUCUAUUUAAAGGAACAAUUUGCACUUAUGGAACCAAACAAAAACGGUGCCAUAAGCUUAGAUAAUAUCAAAGCGGCCUUGACGAAGAAUGCGACUGAUGCCAUGAAAGAGUCACACGUCUACGACUACCUUGAUUCGCUUAAUGCUCUUCAGUACAGAAGGAUGGAUUUUGAAGAAUUCUGUGCUUCUGCAUUAAGUAUCCAUCAGCUUGAAGCUCUUGAGCGGUGGGAGCAACAUGCUCGUUGUGCCUAUGAACUCUUCGAGAAGGAAGGAAACCGGACUAUCAUGAUUGAGGAAUUGGCUUCGGAGCUUGGUUUGAGCCCAUCUGUCCCCGUGCAUGCUGUUCUCCACGACUGGAUUAGACACACGGAUGGAAAGCUUAGUUUUCUUGGAUUUGUAAAGCUGUUGCACGGUGUUUCCAGCCGAUCUCUAGUGAAAAUGCAAUGACAACUUCGACGCCUAUCUAAACCAGACUUUACUUCAUGCCUGACAAGCUACCGGGAAUUAGAAAAGGCGGGAUAAGAUGCCAUCAAAAUUCUUUUCUUGAAGAUUUGCACCUUCUGCAAAAUUUAUUGGUGCCGUGUGAUUUUCGCUGAUAUGAGGUUCAAGCGUCGGGCUGUUAGCUCCCUCUUUGAUGUUGGACGACCUGAAUGGGUCUAUGACCCUCGUGCUCUUCAAUAAUGGCAUCAGAUCACCUACAUUACGACCGUGAAGCUCUAAUUGGAUGUGUAAUUGGAAGUGAAAUUAUUUGUUGGCUGGUUAUGGGACUUUCUUACCUUGAAUCUUCUUGACAUAUUGGACAACCUUGACGUCUUCCACUGCGUUGUAUCUUCAUCUGUUCUGUACGCUAGAAAAUCCAUUGAUUUUUUGAGCAUUUCUACAUUUUAUCUUCUUGUUGGCUUCUAUACCAGAUCUGAAAGAAUCGGUCACAGUAAUGUUA